CAGCAGAGAGAGAGAGAGGUGAGGGGAGGACGGCUGUGUGUGUAUCCCAGCGGCUGAGCAGGCAGCGUGGCUAUGGAGAACCAGCACCUUCGGCUCUUCUGGAGCGGACCGGGCGACUGUUCCCUCUGAGUUUCUCCCGGCUUUAGUGCUACGCUCCCCCGCGGCUCGUGUCUCCUCCACCCGGGGGGAAGAGGGCUUGUUGUCCCGGUGCGUGGCGGCUGCUGUCGGCUGCGGUGCCUGCGUGUGUAGCGCAUCCUCCAGCCCGGGUUAGCGGUUUAGCUCGGGACAAAAACACUGCGCUCCCCGUCGACGCUGGGCUAGCAGGGGCUGCUCGCUAGCUAGCUCGGCGGUGAGGGGGGGAUGUUGUCCGUGCUGUCCUACGGGAGACUGGUGGCCCGAGCGGUCCUCGGAGGACUCUCUCAGACGGACAGCCGAGACUACAGCCUGGUGACGGCGAGCUGCGGCUUCGGGAAGGACUUCCGGAAAGGCAUCCUGAAGAAAGGCAUGUGCUACGGGGACGACGCGUGCUUCAUCGCCCGACACAGGUCCGCAGAUGUGCUGGGUGUGGCAGAUGGGGUAGGUGGCUGGCGAGACUACGGCGUGGACCCGUCCCAGUUCUCGGGGACGCUGAUGAAGACAUGCGAGAGGCUGGUGAAGGAAGGUCGCUUCGUUCCCACCAACCCCGUGGGAAUCCUCACCAGCAGCUACUACGAGCUGCUGCAGAACAAAGUGCCGCUGCUGGGUAGCAGCACAGCCUGCAUCGUGGUGUUGGACAGACAGAGCCACCAGCUGCACACAGCCAACCUUGGAGACUCGGGCUUCCUGGUGGUGCGGGGAGGGGAGGUGGUCCACCGCUCAGACGAGCAGCAGCACUACUUCAACACGCCCUUCCAGCUGUCCAUCGCCCCCCCCGGGGCUGAGGGCGCCGUCCUCAGUGACAGCCCUGACGCUGCAGACAGCUCCUCCUUCGACGUCCAGCUCGGUGACAUCAUCCUCACGGCCACCGAUGGGCUCUUCGACAACAUGCCCGACUACAUGAUCCUGCAGGAGCUGAAGAAGCUCAAGAACUCCAAUUACGAGAGCAUCCAGCAGACGGCCCGCAGCAUUGCACAGCAGGCCCAUGUUCUAGCAUAUGACCCCAACUACAUGUCGCCUUUCGCACAGUUUGCCUGUGACAAUGGACUGAAUGUAAGAGGAGGAAAGCCGGAUGACAUCACGGUGCUGCUGUCCAUAGUGGCAGAGUACACCGACUAGACUCUGCAUGGAGUUGAGACAGGGGGGGGGCAUCUGCCUUGGCAGGUGAUGAACUGCUUUGAUUCCUGCAGGUCAGGAUGAAGGACUAACGUCAGAUGCUUUCCUCCACCUCCGCCGGUACUGCUCUGCCUCAGCUCCCAGCUGGCAACCCCCCCACCCUCUAAAGAGAGUGUGAAGAGAAAAGCCUCCUACACACCCACUGCAGUGUGCUGCUGUACAUCACAGAGCUGCUGCAGGAAGAGGAGCAGCAGCAGGACACCUCCUCCUGGCCCGGCUGCAGCGUUGGCAUCUUUGCAGUGCUCCAGUGCUCAGUGGAUAAUCCCAUUGGCCGAGAUAAGUAGACGUUAGGCAUGUGGGAGAUGAGGAGCCUGUCUGACGAGGAUAACCGUUCCCUGAGCAGGGAGGCGGUUGAGAUUCAGAGACGGGGGAGGCAGAUGUAGCCAGAUGGUGGGUGGCAGGCUGUUGGAACAGCCCCCACACACUGGGCUUUGACACCAGUAGUGUCAAAAAAUGGAAAUGCACAGGAAACGGCAGCAUUAGGGCUCAAUAAAUGGGAAGACUUGUGCAAGUGGAUGUUCAUCAAAGGGCCUGGACCCUUGUAUGUGUGUGCAGGGAGCAUAUGUUAGAUAGGAUUAUAGGACUUGUGUGCUGUUCUGGGAUGUUUUGUAAAAGUUUGCAAAAAAGUAGCGUAUGUGAUGUUUCUACAUGUGUGGUUAGUUACCUGGGGCAGGUUGAUCCAAUGAGAUUUCAUGAAGAAGAUCGGCAGCUGCCUUUUCCAGACCAGUGAGUUCCUGACUUGCACACAUUUUGAUACUUCAUGGGAAGGAUAUUUCUUUGUUGACAAGCCUGUGGAGAUAUAUAUUGGGUCAAACUGAUGCCCUCCCUUUAAUAUCCCAGCUGCUGUUGCUGAGGUCUUGAUUGUGAUGACAUGUAAUGUGUGUGUGAAUGUUUUCUGGUUGAUGAAUGUACUCGUGUGCUCGUCAGUGUGUAUGAAGGAUGUGAAGGCUACAGACUUCUCCAUAUCCACUGGGCUUAAUUUGUCUUGCCGCCUUAAAACGCACAAGCUUGAAAAGCAUAUCUGAAAAAUAGCUCAACACAGCGGACGUGGUCAUGUGACCAAAUGUAUUUUUGUAACCUGUUUGGUUCAGUGGGGUUGUUGAAUUGUUCGGACUGAUCACCACAUUGCAGUAGCUUUAGAAACUUGUUCACAAUCAGUGUGGUCCCCUCUUCUCUCUCCUCUCUGCUGUAGAGCUCAAGCGGCACAUUCAUAACGUCAGGUCACUGCAGGUUUCAAGUGAAAAAUGUUCAUAGUGUUUCCAUUACAUCACCACAGAUGUGCACUUUGCAUUUCCUACACUUCUUACCCACAGUUAAACCACAUUUCUUUAGAAAAUCCAUAUUUAUUCUUAAUGUUAUGAUGAUAAUGUGCCUUGUAUCAGGUGUCUGUGAUAUUGGCAGAAAUGUCCGUAAUUCUUUGAAAUGCCCGACCCUGUGUCGGAUACAGAGCCUGAAACUGUCAAAGUAGCCAUAAGAGACCAAACAGCUUUUCCCAUCAUGCCCUUAUAUCUUAACACUGGGCGUUUUUCAUCCAUAGCAACAUUCAACAUUCGUUUUUCUCUUGAAAUCUGCUGCUCUGUCUGCACUUGCUCCGGAGCUUAGGAAUAGUGAUAAAGCCAUCAUCCCCUGCUUAGAAAAUCCUCCACAUCACUGUUUACAAUCUGCACUGGGAGACGGCAGAUUCAGACGUCUCUGUGAGAUGAGCCUGACGGGCAAGGAAGAGCAGAUUUGGGCCGAGGGAGCAGCUAACACUUAAAAUGUGAGUUUAAACUGUUAAAGCACUGAGGACAAUCUAACUAGCCUUAAUUUUACAAAGCAAUUCUCCCAGUCAGACCUGGUGGUUCCUGCUCCCUGGCUCCUCCCUGUCGUCUCCCUUCCACCACAUCUCUCUACUUUGUUAAUACCACAGCAUGGACCCCACUGUAUCCAGAUCUGUUCUCUGUGAAGAAGCAUUUUCAGAUCUGUACAAUAUAUGAAUAAAGGGUGUAGUAUUUAUUA